AUGGCAAAUAUCAAUUUGCAAUAUAAAAAUGCUUUGCUUGAUCUUAGUCGUAAAUUGCCAUCUCAAGUGCACAAAGAGAAUACGGCUCCUCCUAGUAAUGCAAUGCAGCAACUUAUACAGACGGCCAAUACUCGUUCCAUUUUAAAUACUCAUAAGCGUAGUUCGUUGAAUGGUCGCGAAAGUUUAGGCAGCCUUAAUAAACCUAAGCGUUUAUCGAUGUCCGAUGCCACGGGCGAAUUGUAUGAACUCUAUCGAACGAACGGGAUUGCAAAAGCGCCUAAAAGCAAUGAAGAGCAAACUAUAAAUAAUUUGUGUAACAAAUUUAGUCAAAUAUCACCCACGUCAGCCGAAACUCACGAGCCAUAUACAGUAGCGGCUAUUGCUUUGAAUAGUGCGGCCUCUCAAUCGUCACCAAAAAACUUGAAAGGUAUUGAAAUGCCAUUGCCUCCGAUUGCUAACAGCAGUAGCAAUAUUAAUUUGGCAUUUCACCCGCGCAUUAAAUAUACGAGUAAAUCAUUGAUCAACAAUGAUGGACAAAACCAAAAAGCUUCGGCUACCCAUGUGCCUGCAAUGACCGCUAUACCCACUUCGGUGGUAGUGGCUUCUGCUUUAGCAAAUAGCGGUAAUAAUAAUUCGUUGGACAUUAAACCCGAAAUACAUCCUUCUACGGGCUUAAUCAUAACACCAGUGCCAUCUGGUGGUGCGAGCUCGACGGUUAUAAAACCGGUGCCGAGUGCAAGCGAGGCAGUCGCUGCCCUUCAAAAGCUUCAGGAAGCAGCCGCUUAUCGGGCAGUUUCCACUGGCAUUUUGAGAAACUUUUACCCCACACCGCUUAUAACGCCACGUGAAAAUUUGAAAUCCACGUCUAAUACUCAUGCAGACGAAAAAAUCAGUAAUCACGGAGACGAAGAUGAUGAUGACGACGAUGACGACGAUGAUUACGAUGACGAAGGAGUUGAUAGAGUUCAUCCAACUAAUGCUUUUGCGGAUAUCCAUUUAAUAGAAAAGAAUUCCUCUGUUGAUAUGGAUACAACGGACGCUGAGAAUUUAACCGCAGACGAUUCACAACAAGCUAUAAACUUAUCAACUGUUCAGGCACAAAUGCAAGCUUUACACCAUUUUGGAAUCUCUCUAAAUUUGGCUAAUAAUUUAAACGAUGCCAGUGCUAAUAGUUCUGAUAUAGCAAUGGGAUUGGGACCUGACGGUGAGCAAAUGUAUAAAUGUCGUCAUUGCGGCAAGAAAUAUCGUUGGAAGUCAACGUUAAGACGUCACGAGAAUGUUGAAUGCGGUAACAAAGAACCUUCACAUCAGUGCCCUUAUUGUCCAUAUAAAGCAAAGCAACGCGGAAAUCUUGGAGUACAUGUACGUAAACAUCAUGCCAAUUUACCGCAAUUGGCCAGUAAACGCCGUUCAAAGUAUUCCACGAAAUUAGAAACUAAUCCCAGCGGCAGUGCUGGUGCGUCUGACGACUCGUCCAGUAGAUUAAUUAUUGAUUGUUCUAAAUGA